UUCUAAAAGAGCAUUCGAAGCGUUUGGUUCAAUAGAAAUUAUGGCAGCGGCAUUAGAUGAUAAUUUGACAGCAGUUUUGCAUGGAAUUGAGGAUUUACGUUUGGAACAACGUCCCAUACCAGAAAUUGCUGAUGAUGAGGUUUUACUGGCCAUGGAUAGUGUAGGGAUUUGUGGCUCCGAUGUCCAUUAUCUGGCACAUGGACGUAUUGGUCAUUUCAUUCUAACCAAACCCAUGAUUAUUGGCCACGAAGCUGCUGGAGUUGUGGCCAAAUUGGGUAAGAAAGUCACCAAUUUGAAAGUGGGUGAUCGUGUGGCAAUUGAACCGGGUGUCCCAUGCCGUUAUUGUGAUCAUUGCAAGCAGGGCAAAUAUAAUCUAUGUGCGGAUAUGGUAUUCUGUGCCACGCCCCCGUAUGAUGGCAAUUUAACCCGCUACUAUAAACAUGCGGCAGAUUUUUGCUUCAAGUUACCCGAUCAUGUCAGCAUGGAGGAGGGUGCAUUGCUGGAACCACUCUCGGUGGGUGUCCAUGCUUGCCGUCGCGGUGGUGUGGGCUUAGGAUCAAAGGUUUUGAUUUUGGGUGCCGGACCCAUUGGCUUGGUGACUCUGUUGGCUGCUCAAUCAAUGGGAGCUUCAGAGAUAUUGAUAACAGAUUUGGUACAGAGUCGUCUAGAUGUGGCCAAAGAACUGGGAGCCACACAUACACUGUUGCUCAGCGUGGAUCAGAGUGCCGAAGAUGUGUCCAAAAAAGUUCACGAAAUUAUGACCGAAGAGCCAAAUAUUUCCAUAGAUUGCUGUGGCGCUGAAAGUUCAGCACGUUUGGCAAUUUUCGCCACACGAUCUGGCGGCGUUGUUGUAAUUGUUGGCAUGGGAGCACCAGAGAUAAAACUACCAUUGAUAAAUGCCCUGGCUCGGGAGGUGGAUAUACGUGGCAUAUUCCGCUAUUGCAAUGACUAUUCUGCUGCCCUGGCUCUGGUGGCAUCGGGUAAAGUGAAUGUCAAACGGCUGGUUACCCAGCACUUCGACAUCACGGAGACGGACAAGGCAUUUGAAACAUCUCGUCGUGGUCUAGGUGGAGCCAUUAAGGUGAUGAUACAUGUCCAACCCCGCGAUACUAAUAAUCCAAUUAAAUUUUGAAUAAACAAAGAAAAAUACCUGA